AUGGCGACUGUGGCACCAGGAGCGAGGGCGGAUCAAACGCCAUGGAGGAAAAACCUCUCCAAUCACCUCAUCUGUCCUGAAUGUAAAGAAGUGCCACCCAAUCUGGAGUUCCCCGACUCGCAUGAGACAGUCUGCGGCUCCUGUGGGUUGGUCCUUGCGGACCGUGAGAUAGAUAUGCACUCUGAGUGGCGUACCUUCUCCAAUGAUGACCAGAACAAUGACGAUCCUUCUCGUGUUGGAGAUGCAGCAAACCCGCUUUUGAACGGAAACCAACUUGAGACUCAGAUCGCCGGUGGAGCUUCCGGUCAGUCUCGGCAGCUGUACCGUGCCCAGAACAAGCAGUCCAGUGAGAAGACCAACAAGUCACUCUUGGCAGCUUACAAGGAGAUUGGUGCCCUCUGCGACGGUUUCAAUAUCCAGAAGAACGUGGCCGAUACGGCGAAGUACCUGUUUAAAAUUGUGGAUGAUGCGAAAGCCUUCAAGGGAAAAUCGCAGGACGUGAUCAUCGCUGGUUGCAUCUUCAUUGCCUGCCGUCAGUGCAAGGUGCCUCGGACGUUUACCGAGAUCUUUGCUGUGACCAAGGUCACCAGGAAGGAGAUUGGCAGAAUCUACAAGGCACUGGAGAAAUUCUUUACGGCACAGAACUUGGAGAGGAUCAACUCUGUUGUUUCUAAUGGAGGUGUUCCUGAUCCGAAUGAGACCUACACUGCAACCACCUCGACGAAGCCGAGUGAUCUGUGCAACCGUUUCUGCAACUUGUUGGAUCUUCCGUUCCAAGUCACCAACGUCUCGUCCGCGUUGUCUGACCGCGUCACCACGAUGGGAGACCUCGCCGGACGCUCUCCUCUGUCGAUUGUUGCUGCUUGCAUAUACAUGGCAUCAUAUCUUAUGGGCCAGGGCAAGACAGCAAAGGAGAUCUCUCAGGUGGCACACGUUAGCGAUGGCACUAUCCGUGGUGCCUACAAGCAACUCUAUGCCGAGAGGGAACGCCUGAUUGACCCUAACUGGAUCAAAGACGGUAAGGGAGACAUGAAGAACCUUCCUCCCAGCUGA